AUGUAUUUGCAGAUGGGGCAUGACUGGGUUUGGUUGGAUUCUGAACAAGAUUAUCCUAAUGAUUCUGAGCUGAGCAACGACUACAGGUCCCUCUUCAGCUCAUGGGACUCCAGUCUGGAUCUUGAAGUGGGCAGCUGGAGGGAAACGGAAGAGCCAGGAGCAGAGGAGCUAGAGGAGAGCAACUUAGGCAGAGAGUCCAGUGACCCCCUUAUGGGGGAUGGAGGCAGUGAGGAGUCCCAGGAAGAGACAGAACAAUUCAACCACCAGAACCUCCUUCAUUUCCUCUCUGAGGGGGGAACAAAGGAGGAACCCAAAGAAGAAAAGGGUGAAGGAUAUAUCUCUGAGGAGGAGAGCAGACCGCCUUUGGGUGAGUGUGAUGAUGGCCCCAACAUUAAGGAGACUCCAUUGGUGGAUUUAAUUUUCAGCAAUGCCUCUUCCUCUAAGAUGACUGAUCCAAACCAGGGUGAUCCUGUCAAAGAACAGCUGCUUUUCAAGAAAACCCUCCUUCCAGUCUGGAAAAUGAUUGCCAGUCAUAGGUUCAGCAGUCCAUUUCUGAAACCUGUGUCAGAUAGGCAAGCUCCGGGGUACAAGGAUGUGGUGAAAAGACCCAUGGACUUAACCAGUCUGAAGAGGAGCCUUUCUAAGGGACGUAUCCGAAGCAUGGCCCAGUUCCAGCGUGACUUGAUGUUGAUGUUCCAGAAUGCUGUAAUGUACAAUGACUCUGACCACCAUAUUUACCACAUGGCUAUAGAGAUGCAAAAAGAGGUCCUAGAGCAGAUCCAGGUGCUAAGUAUUUGGUUAGACAGAAGAAGAGAUUUGAGUGAUGUGGACUGAUUUCCCAGGGGAGGACGGAGAGCCCUUGGGCUUCCCAGCCCUGGCAGACAGCCUGACCUUGACCUCUGACCUCACCUCUGACCGGGCCGAGGCUGUUCUGGGGUCAAGGCUCUCCGCUUGGCCCUGAUAUGGACCCUAUCUCAGAGGUUGUUCGAGUUUCCGAUUAUCCUUUGUUAGUAAGAGAGGCCUUAAAUCACCCAAGAGAAGAAGCCCUGGCUGCUUUAGUCAUGGAACCCGAAGCGGGCGGGUCUGUGAUUUGUGCCUCCGCCCAGAGGCCACCGCUUCCACCGGGCUCCCUGUAUGACAGACCUUAGAAUAAACGUU